AUGCCUCUCUCCGACUACCUACCGAGUCCCGUCUCCUUUUCCAAUCGACAGUUUAUGGGAGCGCUGGUUGAACGAGACCAGUACAGCUUCACCAGCAAUGCGAUCGAGGUCCUCACAAAGAAGCCACCUCGCCAUUCGGGCCAUCCGGACUUCGGUCACCUCACCCUCCUCGUAUUUGAAGCCGUGCUCGAAGUGGUAUGCGUGAGUCUACCAGGGUAUAUCGUGGCAAGGCAGGGCAUGUUCGAUGCCGAAUCACAAAAGUUCAUGGCGAACCUCAACAUCAUCCUGUUCACACCGUGCCUCAUAUUCACAAAACUGGCAUCCCAGCUGACAGCUGAGAAAUUGGCGGAUCUGGCCAUUAUACCCGUCGUUUUUGUGGCCCAAACACUGGUGUCAUAUCUCUGUGCUUGGGUUAUCGCCAAAUCCCUCAGACUCAAAAAGCGACAGAGCAAUUUCCUCGUUGCCAUGGGGGUCUUCGGCAACUCCAACUCUCUACCCAUGUCGCUGGUCAUCUCUCUGUCUAAGACGCUGAAAGGACUACACUGGAGCAAAGUGCCGAAUGACAACGAUGACGAGGUUGCCGCACGAGGGAUCCUUUAUCUUCUCGUGUUCCAACAACUUGGCCAGCUGCUACGCUGGAGUUGGGGAUACAAUGUCCUUCUUGCACCGCCUGACACGUACACCGAAGAAGAGGGUGGCACCAAGCAAGUGGACCAACUGGAAAGGGGGAGGAGCCAAUAUCAUGAUGAUUCCGACUCAGUUGAGGAACAGCGCCGGUUGCUGAGUCCUAGCUACGAUGAUGUUGCAGACAGCACUGGAGAGUUCGAGGAGGACGACGACCAGACUAGGAUCGGGACGGAAUCUCCCCGGGCUACCAAGUCCGACGGUCUGAAAACGCCCCGAACGCCGUACAAUCCCUCAGCCGAGUCCUCGAGGAAUUCGUCCCGGCGGAAUCUCAAUGGUGCUUCAAAGGCCCCUGACCUGAUGCCUACGCCUACAAAUGGGAUGGUGGCUCCCCAUACCCGGCACAACUACACGGCAUGGCUGAAAGCCCCCGAAAACCAGAGAUAUGAUGAGAACUGCGGUGGCAUCAAGGGACACGUGAACCAUGUCAGAAACACUGUCCGCCGUCACAGCUUGAUUGUGGGCCACAAGAUCCGGACCGUGUCAAUCGCAGCCUUCGAGUCCCUGCCUAAACCUAUGCAGAAAGGCCUGUCCGCGGUGUUUUACAGACUCGGACGCUUUUUCGCCGGCGUCUGGGAGUUCAUGAACCCACCACUCUGGUCCAUGUUGAUUGCAAUCAUUGUUGCGUCGGUGCCGCAGUUGCAGCAUCUUUUCUUCAGCGAGGGCACCUUUGUGCGAAACUCGGUUACUCGAGCAGUCGAACAGAGCGGUGCUGUCGCGGUGCCUCUCAUCUUGGUUGUCCUCGGAGGCAAUCUUGCGAAGAAUACUAUUCCUCGAGAUGAAAGCGGCGUCGUCACAGACCCGGGAGAAGAACGAAAGCUUCUGUGGGCCUCGCUCGUGACUCGCAUGGUAUUCCCCACUGUUGUGAUGGCUCCCUUCGUCGCACUGCUUGCCAAAUAUGCUCCUGUGAGCAUUGUGGACGACAAGAUCUUCGUCAUUGUCGUGUAUCUGCUCAGCGGUGCCCCUGUUGCUCUCCAGAUAGGACAGAUCACAACGACCAACAAUGUCUAUCCGGAUCUUAUGAGCAGGAUCUUGUUCCACAGCUACGUGGUUUGGAUUCUGCCUUCCACGUUGAUCCUCGUUCUCCUGGCAUUGGAGACGGUGGAAUGGGCGACUUAUUAA